CGAACCUCCUGGAAGCUUUCUCUGUCUCCAAGGUCCCUCUAGAACAUUCCUUUUCUAUCCACACCGCUCCCUUUCCUCCCACAACUAUAAAUGCCCACAACCUCUCCCCUUCUCUUCCAUAGCAAUACAAUUGAGCACUCAUAAGCAUCUAACAGCUGUCUGCAUUUCAUCUCUCGGUGAAAACACCAAUUUCCCUUGACAAAGAUUGAUCCGAGCAAGAAGAGGAAAAUGGAUUUCAGAGUCGUUAACCUGGAUUCUCCAUUGUUCUCCACCCUGCAGCACAUGAUCGACCUGGCCGACGACGGCGACAAGUCCUCCCACGCCCCGACCCGCUCAUACAUGCGCGACGCCAAGGCGAUGGCGGCCACUCCGGCCGACGUGAAGGAGUACCCGAACUCCUACGUCUUCGUCAUCGACAUGCCGGGGCUCAAGUCCGGGGAUAUCAAGGUGCAGGUGGAGGACGACAAUAUGCUCGUGAUAAGCGGCGAGAGGAAGAGGGAGGAGGAGAAAGAGGGGGCCAAGUACGUGAGGAUGGAGAGGAGGGUCGGUAAGUUGAUGAGGAAGUUCUCGCUGCCGGAGAAUGCCAACACCGACGCCAUCUCUGCGGUUUGCCAGGACGGCGUGCUGACUGUCACUGUGCAGAAGCUGCCUCCUCCGGAGCCCAAGAAGCCCAAGACCAUCGAAGUCAAGAUUGGUUGAAGAAUAGAUUAGUGCCACCGUGAUAUGGAUUUUGGUGGAUUAUGGGAAUAAUUAAUUAGCAUUUUCAGUGUUGUUGCGUGUGCUCUGUUUUUCGUUUUCAGUGUGGUGUGUUAUGGUUGUUACGAAUGAAGUAGAUGAUAUUAUAAUAUCAGAGAGCUGGAGCUAUUCAGGUCUCUUCCCCCUGUUUUCUUUGUAAUGUCGACAAGAAUGAGACGGAUUGCGUUGCGUUCUCUACCGAUUUCUCUGAUAAAGAACUAUUCAUCUAUUUCUAGCAAGUAAUUUCUGA